AUGGAUACCAGUCCAAUGGUCUCCUCUCUGCUCAGCAGUCUGGCUAACUACUCCAAUCUGCCGACGGGCAGCAAAGAACACGAAGAGGCCGAGAAUAACGAGGAGGGCGCACGUCCGUCUAAAAAACCUGUCAAGGCUCCACAGCUGGGUACUCUGAUGGGAGUGUACUUGCCGUGUAUCCAGAACAUUUUUGGCGUGAUCCUGUUCCUGCGGAUGACCUGGAUGGUCGGGGUUGGAGGCGUCUUCGGCUCCUUCAUAAUCGUCUUCAUGUGUUGCUCCACAACGAUGCUCACAGCCAUCUCAAUGAGUGCCAUCGCAACAAAUGGAGUCGUACCAGCUGGAGGUUCAUAUUACAUGAUCUCUCGCUCUCUGGGGCCUGAGUUUGGCGGAGCUGUUGGGAUCUGCUUCUACUUAGGCACCACUUUUGCAGGUGCCAUGUACAUUCUUGGCUGUAUUGAAAUUCUGCUGAUUUAUAUCCUUCCUCAGGCAGCCAUCUUUAAGAUCGAGGGCCUGGAGGGGCAGGAGGCAGAGGCGGCGCUCCUCAACAACAUGCGGGUGUACGGCACCAUUGUGCUGAUCUUAAUGUCGCUGCUGGUGUUUGUGGGGGUCAAAUAUGUGAACAAGCUGGCUCUGGUCUUCCUGGCCUGCGUCAUCCUCUCCAUUGUGGCUGUUUAUGCCGGAGUCAUCAAGACCGCCAUCGACCCUCCUGUCUUCCCCGUCUGCCUCCUGGGAAAUCGGACUCUCGUUUCUAAAGGAUAUGACGUCUGUGCAAAGGUCAUAGAAAUAGACAAUGAAACCGUCACCACCAAACUGUGGAUGAGCUUCUGUGAUUCUGAGAGCCUCAAUGCUACCUGUGAGGAAUACUUUAGCAACAACAACGUCACAGAGAUACAGGGCAUCCCAGGGGUCACCAGCGGGAUCCUGGCAGAGAACCUGUUUGGUAACUACCUGGAAAAAGGGAUGUUCCUGGAGAAGCGUGGACUUGCAUCAGACGCAGAUCCAGACAGUCCACCAACCAGCUCCAACCGCUACGUCCUGUCUGACAUUACCAGCUUCUUCACCCUGUUGGUCGGGAUAUACUUUCCAUCUGUCACAGGUAUCAUGGCGGGCUCCAACCGCUCUGGAGACCUGCGUGAUGCUCAGAAGUCGAUCCCCAUCGGCACGAUUGCAGCCAUCACCACCACAUCUAUUGUGUACAUGUCCACUGUGGUGCUGUUUGGUGCCUGUAUAGAAGGAGUAGUCCUAAGGGACAAGUUUGGUGAAGGGGUCAAUGGUAACCUGGUGAUUGGGACUCUGGCAUGGCCGUCUCCGUGGGUCAUUGUAAUCGGCUCCUUCUUUUCCACUUGUGGAGCAGGACUCCAGAGUCUGACUGGAGCGCCACGUCUCCUGCAGGCUAUCUCUCGAGACGGCAUCAUCCCAUUUCUUAGAGUGUUUGGGCAUGGCAAGGCCAACGGGGAGCCCACCUGGGCACUUCUGCUAACAACUAGCAUCUGUGAGAUCGGCAUCAUCAUCGCCUCCCUCGAUGCAGUCGCACCCAUCCUCUCUAUGUUCUUCUUAAUGUGCUAUAUGUUUGUUAAUCUUGCAUGUGCACUGCAAACUUUGCUGAGGACGCCGAACUGGAGGCCGCGCUUUAAGUUCUACCACUGGGCUCUGUCUUUCUUGGGUAUGAGCCUGUGCCUGUCGCUCAUGUUCAUUUGUUCCUGGUAUUACGCCAUAGUUGCCAUGGGCAUUGCCACCUGCAUCUACAAAUACAUUGAGUUCUGUGGAGCGGAGAAGGAGUGGGGUGAUGGGAUACGUGGCAUCUCUCUCAGUGCUGCGCGUUUUGCUCUCAUGAGGCUGGAGGAAGGACCGCCACACACCAAGAACUGGAGGCCUCAGAUCCUGGUUCUGGUGAGCGUGGAUGCUGAGCAGAACGUAGAGCAGCCUCGUCUGCUCUCUCUGGCCAAUCAGCUGAAAGCAGGAAAGGGUCUGACCAUCGUUGGCACCUCAGUUCAAGGAACCUUCCUCGACAACUACACUGAGGCCCAGAGGGCAGAUCAGUCUUUGCGUAAGUUGAUGGAGACAGAGAAGGUAAAGGGCUUCUCUCAGGUAGUCAUCUCUUCCAAUCUGAGAGAUGGGACGUCCCACCUGAUCCAGGUUGGAGGACUGGGAGGUCUGAAGCACAACACUGUGUUGGUCAGCUGGCCACGAAACUGGAAACAGCCUGAGUACCACCAGCAGUUCAGGAACUUUAUUGAGGUGGUUAGAGAGACAACUGUAGCCAGUCUGGCCUUGUUGGUUCCUAAGAAUAUCGCCAGCUACCCGUCCAAUGGAGAGCGCUUCACUGAAGGCCACAUAGAUGUGUGGUGGAUUGUCCAUGACGGAGGCAUGUUGAUGCUCCUGCCCUUCCUGCUGAGUCAGCAUAAGGUGUGGAGGAAGUGCAAGAUGCGCAUUUUCACUGUAGCUCAGAUGGAUGACAAUAGUAUCCAGAUGAAGAAAGAUCUCAUUACCUUUCUCUAUCACCUGCGCAUCGAAGCUGUGGUGGAAGUGGUGGAGAUGCAUGACAGUGACAUCUCAGCCUACACCUAUGAGAAGACAUUGGUAAUGGAACAACGAUCACAGAUCCUCAAAAAGAUGCAUUUGACAAAGAAUGAGAAGGAGAGAGAGAUCCAGAGCAUUACGGAUUCAUCCCGUGGGUCCAUUCGGCGUAAAAACGUGCCUGCCUCGCGCUCGCAGCACAGCACUGAUGAAGGAGCCAGCGUGGCAGAACUACCAGAAGACGAGUCUGUGGCUGUCUCCAACCCAAAACAGGUGCAGCUGAUCCACAGUAAGAACGCUUCCACGCCAACCAGCCCCACAAGCCCCACAUCUCCCACUGCGCCUGCAGGGGGCGCUGCAACCUGGACGGACAACAAGGGUGCAGACAAGGGGAAGACCCUUUUAACAGCGAACCCGGAGGUGGCCAAAGACCUCUUCAACAUGAAGCCAGAAUGGGAGAACUUGAACCAAAUCGACGUGAGGCGCAUGCACACAGCGAUGCGGCUCAAUGAGGUCAUCACAAAGAAGUCCAAGGAGGCCAAACUUGUCCUGCUCAACAUGCCUGGACCGCCCAAGAACCGUGUGGGCAAUGAAAACUACAUGGAGUUCCUUGAGGUGCUCACUGAAGGUCUCAAUCGGGUCCUCCUGGUGCGAGGAGGUGGACGGGAGGUCAUCACCAUUUACUCUUGAAGGACUUUAAGGUCUUUUAAGAGCACCUACACGGCACCUGGACUCUGUCCUCUUCCCUCUCUCUAUAUUGUCCCAGGAAAAUCCUCCCACUCCCUCACAUACCAUCUCCUCAUUUAAAGCUGGGGUUGGUAAUCUUGAGAAGCUAGCAAGAGUAAACUAGAUUUUUAAAGUUAUCCAACCAAAAAAAACCAUCCCAGUG